AUGUUCACUGCCGGGCGGCGGCGGAAGCGGACGGGCCGCGGCCUCGGAGCGACAGGGACGGACCGGGAGGCGCCGCCGUUCUACCGCCCCGCGCACCCGCCCAGCCGACAUGAGUGACCAGCAGCUGGAUUGUGCCUUGGAUUUGAUGAGGCGUCUGCCUCCGCAGCAGAUAGAGAAGAAUCUCAGUGACCUCAUUGACUUGGUCCCGAGCCUGUGUGAAGAUCUCCUCUCCUCUGUGGAUCAGCCCUUGAAGAUUGCACGAGACAAGGUGGUAGGGAAAGAUUAUCUAUUGUGUGACUACAACAGAGAUGGGGACUCGUACAGGUCACCGUGGAGCAACAAGUACGACCCUCCCCUGGAGGACGGUGCCAUGCCCUCGGCUCGCCUGCGCAAGCUGGAGGUGGAAGCCAACAAUGCCUUCGACCAGUACAGAGACUUGUAUUUUGAAGGUGGAGUCUCCUCUGUCUACCUCUGGGAUCUGGAUCAUGGCUUUGCCGGGGUGAUCCUCAUUAAGAAAGCUGGAGAUGGAUCAAAGAAGAUUAAGGGAUGCUGGGAUUCCAUCCACGUGGUGGAGGUUCAGGAGAAGUCCAGUGGCCGCACUGCCCAUUACAAGCUGACCUCCACAGUGAUGCUGUGGCUGCAGACCAAUAAAACUGGCUCUGGUACCAUGAACCUGGGGGGGAGCCUCACCAGACAGAUGGAGAAGGACGAGACUGUGAGUGACUCCUCUCCGCACAUAGCCAAUAUCGGGCGCUUGGUAGAGGACAUGGAAAACAAAAUCAGAAGUACACUGAAUGAGAUUUAUUUUGGAAAAACAAAGGACAUCGUUAAUGGGCUGAGGUCUGUGCAGACUUUUGCAGACAAAUCAAAACAAGAAGCUCUUAAAAACGACCUGGUGGAGGCUUUGAAGAGAAAGCAGCAAAGUUAAAGUCCUGUCCGUGCUAACCAGCCAUGCCAUGCACUCGUUAAAUUCCUUUCGUAGAGAAUCAUCCCCCGCCCUUUUCUGUUCGUCACGUCACGAUUUGCAUCCAAUACUCUCCAUGCAGCGCCAUCCUCUCCCCAUGAAUAAAGCUGUACAAACUUU